GCGAAAAAAAAAACAAUUAGAAAACAAGCAAAAAAGACGUGCGAAAGCUGUUUGCUGUUGCAGCCAAACAACAACAACAGUAUGCUAAGAGAAUAUGUAUAAUCCAGUGUAGGUAUUAGUCAUUCGCAGUUGACAUCAUGGUUCAGUAUGCUUCUCUUUACAACGAUUACGUUCCAUAUCAACUGGAUAGACCAUACAAGGACGACAAACGAAGUUUCCUACGACGAUGGGAUGCUCUGAAUGGAAUGAAGUGGGUUCCUGCGUCGAAUGGUGAAAUACCUCCUGAUGCUGUCGUGGCAGGACGCGACGGAAAACAGAAACUUUUCGUUGGUCGAGCGGAAGUGAUGGAAUCGGUUGCCCUAGGUUCAGUAAUACCGGAGGAAAAAGCCUGCUUUGUCCCCUGGGGUGGCAAAAAUUACGAGCGUAAACAUUAUGAAGUACUGUGUAGCAACGGCAGGUUCGUUCCAGUAGAGAGCUACAAUAUACUGGUCAGUGGCACACCGGCAGGUAUUAGUGAACAGGGUGAGCCGCUUUACAUCGGCCGGGCAAAAUACAAAGGUUCCUUGAUAAGUGGUAAAAUACAACGUUCAUAUGACACAUUUUACCUGCCGUACAAGAAAAAGGAGGUGGAACUGAAAAUUUCGGAUGCUGAAAUUUUUAUCAAGGGGAGUGAUGAACAUAGACGAUCGAAUAGAUUGCAAACGCUAGCGAGCAGCUCGAGGAAGUUUUUCUAGUGUUGGAUGUUAACAACUGCUACACCAAGUUUUCAGUGAUAUUAUCUAUCCUGUUAUCUUAAAGAUUCUAAUCAAAAUUUGAUUUGGUUGAUUAAAAUGAAUUUUUUUUUUUUUUUUGAUAAAGGGGUUUUUUUAGUAGCUUAAGUAUUUAUGAUAAACUAGCUUAACGUUCCCGGCGAUGCUCGGGAUCAAAAGUUUCAAAAUUAGAAAUAAUUUUUUAUGAUUCAUUGCAUUAUUAGCACAGCUCACUUCAAAAAUAUUUCACAUCUUAUACGUCCAUCAUCUUUUUAAGUAUUUUAACAUUCUGAGAACGCACAGAACGGAAAUACGGAUUUGGGGAUGUUUUACAGAAACUGUAAGUCGCCGUUUCGGGUUUCAAAAUGACAUAUGUAGUUUGGAAGUUUCGGAAGUAUUGAACUGGUUGGCCAAAUACCACUUUAGAUUAUUUUCCUGAAACCAGAAGUCAUUAUUCUGGAAAAUGUUGUGUGGGGUUAUCACAGUUCCGAAUAUACCACACUCGGGUGAUAACCGGAUAUUCGUCAAUCGUUCACAGUAAAACCUCUUUUUAUGUAACUUUCAGAAGAAAGAAAUCAAAGUAAGAAGAAUUUAGCGUAACCAUUCAUGCUUAGUUCUCCUCUAUAAUCAUAUCUAAAGAGAUAACAUUUGAAUUCUUGUAACGAAAAUGUUUGUUGGUGUCCAAGGAACACGUCUGAGAAGAAGUUAACGUUUUGAUCCACAUAACUACGUAGAAAUUAAAAAAAAAAAGAUUAAACCAAUGAAAUGGGGCCUUUCUUCCAGCCAAAUGUCCCAAAAUCUAGUUUUAGAAAAAGCAAAAAAGUAUUUCGAAUCCCGUAAUGUGAUACUAUUCACAAAACUACGAAAACAUCAGAAAUUGUAAUUGUGUAAAUUAAAACAUAAAUUCUUCUGCAAGAAAAUAUUUGCAGAUGUUGAAGGAACGACGAACAUUUUAUUGAAAAAAAAAAAAUUACAGGCGAACUAAGCUCAUG